UGGCGCGGCUCUGCGACUCCGCGAGCUCGACCUCCUUCUCCUCAUCGUCAUGUACAACGAGGACCGCUGGUCGACGCCUGUACUGUAUUGCGUUACACAGCGCUGUUAAUUCGACACGCGCGACAGGCUAUACGCCAACUUGUGGCUCGGCCACUAGUAUUCACAGGGGCUUACUUUCACCGUGGUCCGUAUAUGUACAUCGCUGCGGACUCGGACGCUGCGCCGCAAGACUACCUAAUCACUCACCUGUCUUCUUGAAUGCACUUGGGACCGGAGGUGGUCGAUGACUUCGACCAGCGUAUGAUGGCCUACAACGGUCUCGCGCCGUACUAUGGAGGUAACGAUCCGAGUCGUUCGACGCGUCAGAGACGCGCCCCCACCCCUCAGCCUGAGAUUACGCCGCCUGCAAUGUCAAAGGCCUUGAACGAGGCAUUAGCACUGGCCAAGAACGCGCAGGGCAGCGCCGACCUGCUACACGAAGCCCUGGUCAACGCGGAGGGCCCGCAGGAAUUGCUUAGGGGUAUCAUCCCGGAGUUCAGGAAUGGCUGUCGCGCCUCGCUGAACGUCAUUGACGAGCAAAUCUCAUGGCUUUCCAAUGUGAUACGGUCCCGCGAUUCUUCUCCAGUGCUCGCGACGGCAUUGAAGGAGCUUGAAGCAGUGCAUACCGAGCUGCUCGAUGUUCUCCGGCUGUAUGACGGACUGGAGCGAGCAGGGUCGGAUCGUGUGGCUCAAGAGCGGGUGAAGAACAACUAUACGAUACGCCGCUUAACGAGCGGUACCGGGCGCGCGAAUGGUACCGGGAGCGGACAAGCAAGUAGCUCCAACGGACCAGCCCAGGCGCCCUCACCUUCGAACGACGAGAGGGUUCGGCGCGUGUCAAGCAUCGCAAAGACUGCUCGUGGUCAUGCAGAUCUACUCCGGGACACAGUCGUUUUCUCAAGCACAGAAGACUUGGGUGGCCCGCUCAUCGAGGAAUUCCGCAAGAACUGUCACCUGCAAUGGGUGGAUGGCGAGGCGGCAAAGUCUCGCCGCCGAGCGAGCUCUUCCUCGACGACGCGCGAGGAGGCGCUUUUCAACGACCUGAUCGCCACGGACCAGGCGCUCACGGACGCGCUGAAGAUGUGCGACAACAUGCGCCGGGAGGGGGUAGCAGCUGGCAAGCGGCGCCCUGACGCGGCUGACCCGUUCGCAGACCCGGGUGGGGACCCGGAGGCCGGCUUCGCCGCGGCGCGUGCUGGGAAAGGGAACGCGGAACUGCUGCUGGACGCACUGCGGCACGCGCGGCGGGAGGACUUGUCGGGCGAGCUCAUCCAGGAGUUUCGCGACAGCUGUCGUGCGUCGCAGAGGGACAUCAUCGCACAGAUCCCGCUGGCGAGUGCAGCGGCGGAGCAGUCGAGGAACAGAGCGUCGGGCUCAGCGUCUACGAGGGAGGAGAACAUGCUGGAGGAGUUGUUGGGAGCGAACGAGGCCCUGCUCAAGGCGAUGGAGUUGUAUGAAGCCAUAGAGAGCGGGAAGGAGUCGGCGUGGAACGAACAGCUGGGCGGGCGAGACCAAGAUCUGUUCUCUAAACAGCUACCAGCGACACCCAUGGAGGUCACCUCGGCUCUUGAACAGCAGAGCCUAGAAGGUUUGUCUCCGCUGACUAUGCAAGACAAGGCCAAGUUCGCCAAGAUUUUCUACGCACAGAACCCGAGUAACGGGCUGCUGACUGGCGCACAAGCUGGUAGCCUCCUCCUAAAAUCGAAGCUUCCGCAAGAGACGCUCUCACGAAUAUGGGACCUUGCCGACGUCUCCUGCCGAGGCAUGCUCGACCUCGGCGACUUCACGAUCGCCAUGUAUCUCGUGCGGGGCUGCAUGUCCGGCUCACUCGCCUCGCUCCCCUCCAGCCUCCCCGCCGCACUCUACGAGCAAGCGGGCAACAAACCGCUCCCGAAGAUCCCGAGCACAUCCCGACUGAACACGCCGGGUCCCUCGGCGACUCCCGUACCUGCUGCGUCGAACGCGACGGGGUACUUUGACGUGCAGUCGUCGACGAGGCUGCACGCGGAGAGGAUAUUCGAGACUCUGGACCCGGAGCGGACGGGGCACGCACAGGGGUACACUGUGACGUCGUUUUUGCUGAAGGUCGGGUUGACGAUGGAGGUGUCGAGCCAAAUCAUGGAUUUGGUUGACACGGGAAAGAAAGGAUACUUGACGCAGCAAGAGUUCGCCCAAGUUAUGCAGCUCGUGGAGAGGAAGAAGGCCGGGCAGGACUUGCCUGCGGCGGCUCCUCCUCCAAGCAGCGCCCAGAGCGUACCCGCGAAACCAAGUGCUGCAAGUACGCUGACUUUGCCAUCGUUGCAGACUCGGCCGGUGUCGUCGCUCAUCGAUCUGGAUUCCUCGCUGGACCCGACACAGGUUCCGCUCCCGAGGACACCCAUCACUCCGAGAUUGCCCAGCCCCGGUGUCUCGCUCAGCCCACCUCAUAGGAGCCAAGCACCGAGCACACAACCGGUGCAGUCGCAAGUGACAGGUUCUGCGUUCACGAUAGCUCCUAGCCCCAGGACAUCCCCUUCUCGGGGCCAUCAGCGGUCUGUGAGCCAGCAGUGGGACGUCAACCCGGUGGCCAAGGCGCGCUUCGACACGUUCUUCGAUAACCUGGAUCCGUGGCGCAAGGGAUAUAUCGAGGGCGACGUCGCGGUGCCGUUCUUCUCCAAGUCCAAGCUGCCUGAUGGCGUCAUGGCAGAGAUAUGGGAACUCGCGGACACGAACCACGACGGUCGGCUCACGCGGGACGAAUUCGCAGUAGCGAUGUACCUCAUCCGGGAGAAACUCAAAGGCCGGGAGCUUCCGCAUACUCUUCCUCCAUCCCUCGUCCCGCCAUCCCUGCGACAAGCUCCGCCUUUGCCUCCACGCGGUGCGUCUCUGCAUACAACGGGGACACCGCCACGCCCGGUUGCAGCACAGGCGACUGGGACACAGCCGCAACCUAUUCUGGCGCAGUCGACGGGCACGUCGUCGAUCGCGCCGCCUGCGUUCUCCGAGCGCGCUGAGACGCCGCCUCCGAGUUAUGAGGAGGUUGUUGGGAGUGGUUUCAGGUGACAUUGCUUCCAUAGUGUUCGAGGAUAGAGAACUUGAGUUAUUAGGCCACGGAUGUGAUAUUGUUAUGGAGUAUAACACUCUCCUCUGUAUCCGUACUGCCAUGUUGUAGUUCGAUGACUGCUCUGCACACUUCGCUAUACUGUUGAUGGACCUCGCUACGCAGCUAGUUACGGUAAUUCGAACGACGUGAUGAUUGAUAUCAAAAUGUAUUGACAUAAACGAGGCGUGUUAGAGGUGGCCUAUGGCCGUUUCAUGUUGAAU